AUCCCGGUUCCUACCUUAAAAUCUUGCUGAUUUCAAGUGCUUUUUUACCCAAAGAAUCGUCUUCUCGUGACUCAUCCAUCCUUAUCUGUUUUUUUUCCUCUUCUUGAAAACUGGCUAAUUUCAGUUCGAUUUUUUCCUGCAAAUUUCUCCAAUUCUGUCCAAAAGAAAAUCACACAGGUCGUAGAGCAAGUAGAUUCACACCUCAACACUGGUAAUCUCGGCUACUUCGCUUCCCUCUAGGAUCACUUUUAUUUGGGGACCAGAACAUUUUCCCUUUCUAUUCAUAAGUUUCGGUACUGAUGCCCUGGAAUGUGCCGGUGAGAUAUGUCGUGCGGGAUAAAUGAUCCAGCUCACACGCGUGGUGUGGCAGGACUAGUUAACAGGGCACUGGGCACGUUAAUCACACCCGUGGAGUAAUUAAUUAACUGCUGCCGCUGAUAACUAACCACCGCUUUGGUGGUUUCACGUGAACUGGUCUGACUUGGGGGAAAAUUUCCAUCUCUUGUCACAACAAGACCGAUGUGCCCCCUUUGCUUGUCUUUACCGCCAUGACCCCAAGCCUGCCUGCAGCUGUCGGUGUUAUGCUUACUGCGAGCUAGUAGUGGUCUCAAGAAUAUGCUUGCCGCACAAAAUCAUAUUCCUUCAAGUUAACACUCUUUGCAGCCGGAGUAAUUUGCUAUUCUAGUGGGGAAUAAUGUCUGUUUCUGUUCUUCUUUGCCACUGUCCUAGGCAAGGCCAAAUACAACCGUUCAAGCCUCUAGUCAUCUCGGCAUGGGUGCAUGGCCACAGACCGGUCAAGUAUGCUAUCGCUCUAGCGUUCUUAGUCCUCUAUGCAUGGCCACAUAAACAACCUUGCAGCGGGAGCUGGCAACCCCAGCUGGAACUAUGUGUACACCUCAUUUGCUUCAAUAUAAGCAGAGAUGUUCUCCUUUUUUUUAAAAAAAAAACUUGCAGCAUCAGGCAAAUUGCAAAUGAUCUGGUAAAUAUCAGGUAAACUACAAUGAUCUGGUAAUCUUGCAUAUUAUUAUAUUUAUACUUCGCAUGUCUGGAUGGCAGUAUGGUUGUUUGGGUCAGAUUAUUUUUUUCUCGAGAACCUAGGCAAGCAUUUCAUUAAGUAGGUGGGUUGUUGGAUUACAUGAUCGUGCAGGCCGACUUAUUGGAAUGCUAAUCAGGUCAGAUCUGGUUGAUACUGACCAAUAGUAUGUUCUCUAGAACAUGUGAUGUUGACAGAUUUGCUUAGGUCAAAUAAAUCAGCUCUUGGAAUUACUAACAGACAAAUAUAUAAAAACAAUGUAUCUGUCUUCCUUUCACAGCUUAUGCUAUUAGCUUUUCAUUAUAUCUUUUCGGGGAUACUACUAUGUUCAGUAGUCUUCUAUUUCAGUUGCUUCUUGCUUUGCUUCUUUGUCAAGGAUGGUAUAUACGUGUAGUAUACUUGCAAGACACUGAAAGACUGCAGAGAUCUAACCAAGAACUGAAAAACAUGUCCCUUGGCCUCUUCAUGAGCUCAUCCAAACCCACUGCUCGCUAACUUGUCAGUUAUCAAAUGAAUGAACUUCCAUCUAGUCAUGUUCUAGAGGUCAUGUGUGCAUUAGAUUUUAACUGGGGAGGUGCACUGACAAUUGAUCUGACUAACAAUAUGUAUGUUCCAGCCAAUGGCCGGAGCUUGCAACAAGAACCUGACAAAGAUGCUACCGAAGAAGUGAAUGAGCAGGCUCAAGGGGAAUCCAUGAAGAUCGAGGAUUUAACAGAUACAACAGACACAGCUGAGGAUGUUCAACCAGACCCAAAAGCUAACUUAUCUGAGAAGCGGAAGGCUCUUUUUGAGCCUCUGGAACCUAUCAAUGGCAAGCGCAGUGCUGAAAUGCUGCUUCCGCCACCUGACUUUGAGCCCGCAUCAUAUCCCAAGGGGUGGUUGGUUGGCAAGAAGCGCAAGCUCGUCAAUGUUGAUGUUGUGGAGAGCAUGAGGAGGAUUGCAAUCCAAGAAAUGAACAGAAAGGACCGUGAAAUCAAUGGACUGAACGAGCAGCUAGAGGAAGACUCCCGCGUGCUAGAGCUUCUCCAGAAGCAGCUAGCAGAUGAACGCAAGAAGCGGGCAGAGAUAGAGAAGGAGAACUCUAUGCUUCAUGAGCAGGUGUCCAUGCUGAUGAACAUGCUUGACGAAAAUGAGGGCUUCGAUGAGGAAGGAGAAGCUCCACCUCCCGAUUCCUUUGAUUAAGCAUUAUAGUACUGUCCAUUCCCCGCAAUAUCAAACCAUGAAUCUCCUCCUGGUGCUGUUUUCAGGGUAGCCAAGAGAUAUAUCUUGUGUAGAAUUUCAUUUGUCCUAUUCCAUUCCAUGGCUUGUUUCCUGUAGAUAAAGGGUGCCUGUUUAUUGUACUUGCUCCUUUCUAGGCUCCAAAUGUAUGUGAGAAACUAGAGACAUAUUUCAAUGGAAGUGUAUGUAUAUGUACUUACCCCCUCCCA